AGCACAGAAGAGAGAGAAAAAAUCUUGACUCGUUCAUUACGUUCGUGAACGUUCAGGUUAUAAGAUUGUCGUAGCUUUGUUCUUAAAUUUCUUCCGGAAGUCCCUAUUUAACUCAAGAUGGGUAGGGAGGACAAAGCUAGCUGGAAAGCGAGUUACUUCGUAAAAAUCGUGCAACUGCUCGAUGAGUACCCAAAAUGUUUCAUUGUUGGCGCCGACAACGUUGGCUCACGCCAGAUGCAGACCAUCCGUAUGUCGCUCCGUGGUGCGGCCAUAGUUCUUAUGGGUAAAAACACCAUGAUGCGUAAAGCAAUCCGCGGUCAUCUGGAGGAAAACCAGAACCUUGAAAAGCUGUUGCCACACAUCCGUGGCAAUGUUGGCUUCGUGUUCACCAAGGGUGAUCUGGUUGAGGUCCGCGAUAAAUUGAUGGAAAGCAAGGUCCGUGCUCCAGCUCGUGCUGGUGCCAUCGCCCCUCUGGAAGUCGUUAUCCCAGCCCAGAACACCGGGCUCGGUCCAGAAAAAACUUCCUUCUUCCAGGCUCUGUCGAUUCCGACCAAGAUUUCUAAGGGUACGAUUGAAAUCAUCAACGAUGUGCCCAUUCUGAAGCCAGGCGAUAAGGUCGGAGCUUCCGAAGCCACGUUGCUGAACAUGUUAAACAUUUCGCCGUUCUCGUACGGGCUGCAAAUUCAACAAGUUUAUGAUUCGGGAUCUAUUUUCUCUCCGGAUAUUUUGGACAUCAAGCCGGAAGAUCUGCGCGCCAAAUUCCAGGCAGGAGUGGCAAAUCUGGCAGCGGUUUCGCUCGAGAUCGGAUACCCGACGUUGGCUUCCGUACCACACAGCAUUGCCAACGGAUUCCGCAAUCUGCUGGCUAUUGCAGCCGUCACCGAGGUUGAAUUCAAGGAAGCCGAAACAGUCAAGGAGUUCAUCAAGGAUCCGAGCAAAUUUGCUACUGCGGCUGCCCCGGUCGCUGCCGCCGCCGCUGCUGCACCAGCUGCUGCCGCCAAGGAGGAAAAGAAGGAAGAAUCCGAGUCCGAGGAUGACGAUAUGGGCUUCGGUCUGUUCGAUUAGGCAUUCGGGUUACUUCAUCGUGUCGUUUGCAUGUUAUACCAUCCUUUAUCAGUGUCUGCUUCGGGGGCUAAUACUCUUGCAAUUUGUAUCCAUCGUAUCUACUCGCCCGGGAUUUGCGACAACGGGUCCUCAUGGCGAUAUACGAUUGAAAGUGUAAGAUAGUUCCACUUCCGAAUUGGGUAGUAUGAGAGGAUGAGUAAGCAUCAACAUACAAAAAAAGAUUUGUAUUUUCUUGAAUAAAAUACGUUGAAAAACAAAAAUUAAA